AUGGCUGCAACCUUAUUGUUUGCAUGCAACUCAAAUGUAAACCAUGGCUGUAGAAAUGAUAAUCCCUCGCUGCCGAAACCAUUCCUGGGUGGUGGACACAGAAUCCUGGAUCAAACCAUUGCAAAUAGGAACCAAGGCCAUUAUAACUCUCAAAAAAAGAAGUCAUCUCGCAGGUUUUCUGUUUCUGCUGUCACCGAAGGUUCCGCAAAAUCAAGCAAGUCCGAAGAAAAAAUCCCCCCUUGGGCUAGACCAGAUUCGGAUGAGCCCCCUCCUUGGGCCCAGGGUGAAGGCAAGAAUGAUGGUUCACAAGAGGGAUUUGAGAUUCCCUUUUAUGUUUAUCUACUUGCCUCAGCCGUGACUGCAAUUGCUGCUAUAGGUUCUGUUUUUGAGUAUGCGAACCAGAAGCCAGUCUUUGGAAUCUUGAACUCAGACAGCAUAUUUUAUGCUCCAGUGCUUGGAUUUUUUGUAUUUACAGGCAUUCCCUCUGCUGCAUUCCUGUGGUUCAAAUCUGUCAAAGCUGCUAACAAGGAGGCUGAGGAGCAAGACAAGAGGGAUGGCUAUCGAUAG